CGGGCGGCGGCGGCGGCGGCACAUCUAACGCGCGGGCACCCGGGCCGCCGCGGCCCCCGCAAACUACGCCCAGGCUCGGCCCCCGCCGCUCAUUGGCGCGGGCCGGAGCCAGCGCACCCAGACCCUGCGCUGCCCUCGGCCGGCAGCGCGCGGAGUCCCAGCUGCCCAGGCCGACGGCGCCCGGCCCCGAGAGCCUCGACGCCGAGCCGCCCGCGCCUCCUCGGCCGGGCCCAACGCGGGGAGCGGGGCGAUCGAGCAGGCGCGGCUGGCGCGCCGCGGCCCGGGCGCCCCCGGCCUGGCGCCCUCGCCGCCGCGCCGCCUCAACGCCGCCUGCUCUCCGCAGGUGGCCGCGGGCCCGAGCGGUGCGGCCAUGGGCCGAGGGGUGCGCGUGCUUCUGCUGCUGGGCCUUCUGCACUGGGCCGGGGGCGGCGAGGGCAGGAAGACCUGGCGGCGCCGCGGCCAGCAGCCACCCCCGCCGCCGCCCCCGCCGCGGGCCGAGGCGGCCCCGGCAGCCGGGCAACCGGUGGAGAGCUUCCCUCUGGACUUCACGGCCGUGGAGGGCAACAUGGACAGCUUCAUGGCACAGGUCAAGAGCCUGGCUCAGUCCCUGUACCCCUGCUCGGCGCAGCAGCUCAACGAAGACCUGCGCCUGCACCUCCUGCUCAACACGUCGGUGACCUGCAACGACGGCAGCCCGGCCGGCUACUACCUGAAGGAAUCCAAGGGCAGUCGGCGUUGGCUACUCUUUCUGGAAGGAGGCUGGUACUGCUUCAACCGGGAGAACUGCGACUCCCGAUAUGACACCAUGCGGCGCCUCAUGAGCUCCAAGGACUGGCCCCGCACUCGCACAGGCACGGGGAUCCUGUCCUCCCAGCCAGAGGAGAACCCCCACUGGUGGAACGCCAACAUGGUCGCGGGGGGCACAGGGGUGCUGCUGAACGUGGACCGUGUGGCCGAGCAGCUGGAGGAGCUGGGCUAUCCAGCCAUCCAGGUGCGGGGCCUGGCUGACUCCGGCUGGUUCCUGGAUAACAAGCAGUACCGCCGCACAGACUGCAUCGACACCAUCACCUGCGCACCCACGGAAGCCAUCCGCCGGGGCAUCAGGUACUGGAAUGGGGUGGUCCCGGAGCGCUGUCGGCGCCAGUUCAAGGAGGGCGAGGAAUGGAACUGCUUCUUUGGCUACAAAGUCUACCCAACUCUGCGCUGCCCGGUGUUCGUGGUACAGUGGCUGUUUGACGAGGCCCAGCUGACUGUGGACAAUGUGCACCUCACGGGGCAGCCGGUGCAGGAGGGCCAAUGGCUGUACAUCCAGAACCUGGGCCGUGAGCUGCGGAACACACUCAAGGACGUGCCGGCCAGCUUUGCCCCCGCCUGCCUCUCCCACGAGAUCAUCAUCCGAAGCCACUGGACAGACGUCCAGGUGAAGGGGACCUCGCUGCCCCGGGCGCUGCACUGCUGGGACCGAAGCCUCCACGACAGCCACAAGGCCAGCAAAGCCCCCCUGAAGGGCUGCCCCAUCCACCUGGUGGACAGCUGCCCCUGGCCCCACUGCAACCCCUCAUGCCCCACCAUCCGGGACCAAUUCACGGGGCAGGAGAUGAAUGUGGCCCAGUUCCUGAUGCACAUGGGCUUCGACGUGCAGACGGUGGCACAGCAGCAGGGCCUGGAGCCCAGUAAACUGCUGGGGAUGCUGAGCAGCGGGAGCUAGGGCCCCCCGCCCCAGCCAUCUCCCCUCCAGGCCCUCCUGCCCUCCUAGGACCGCAGGGCCCCGGCCGUCCCCACCCUGGGUCUGGACGCCCUCCCCUGGCAGCCUUCACUGUCUCUUUCCUACUGCCUCUGAGGGGCCCCGGCCAGAGACGGUGGACCUGCCAUCAGCCUGGCUGUGGCCCUUGGCCCCCUCCCGCCCCUCCCUCCUGACACCCCCCCAAUCCCCAUCCCCUCAUUCCUACCCCCCCCAACUCCCUCCACCUCCAACACACGGUAGGGAGCCAGAAGCACUGGAUUCCUCAGCCUCCAGCCCAGAAGGCACCCUCCCCCAGCCCAGUCCCCCAGCCUCUCCUGCCCUUUUGUAUUAUUUUAUAAAGUGACUUUUUUAUUAAUUUUUUAAAAAAAGAAAAAUAAGCAAGAAAUAUAUAGUGAAUGAUAUUGUUUUGUAACAUAUUUUUUUUUUAAAUAAUGAAGAAAAGAUAACAA